AACAAUUAUUGUAAGAUCGCGUUGUAUUGUUUUUCUCGCUCGUUUUGGCGCGAGUGCACCAUCAGCGUGAUGUGCCUGUGAUUGGCUGACGCGUUGCGAAGCGCGCCAUGCGCGUGCGCGAUCGGCGCUGCUAAGCGAGUGACAAGCGUGUCGGAGUAGCAGUUCUUGUGUGUGCAUGCUCGUUGUUGUGUGCGUGCUCGUUGUUGUGUGCCUGUUGCGUCUUGCGUGUCCCGGAUAAACCGGCAAUUCAGCCACCCUUUCCUCACAAUUCCAUCCUCGUUACAAUAUAUGCGUCCGCCGUAAAUACGCGUAUACGGCGUCGGUUCUCGUCUCUCGCCUCUUUCGCCUCUUUCGCACGUCCAAACCAUAUUCUCUUUCGGCCGAUCUCGGCGGUCUUCUCGCGUCUACGCCGACGUCGACGUCGUUUCCUCGUCGCGCCAUUGUCCCGACGAUCCCUUUGAAUUUACGGAGAUCCACUCUAAUAUUGCGGAAGCUCUACCAAUAUUAAUUGUUUCAAUAUGGCUUUUCUUGGCAUCGAAUUUAUGAACGGUGAUAAUAAGGAAGAACCAGGAGAAAUAGCCGUAAUUCAUCAAGCAUGGUUAACACCUCUAAAGAAAGAGAUUUGGUGGCCGCCAUACAAAACAAGUGCGCAAUUCAGGAAAGCUCUUUCCAUCGGAGAAGAACCCAAAGAAACGUGGACCAUAUACGAAUUAAAACGAACAUUUUUUACUUGUGAUGACUUGGAUAAAGCAUUAACAAAAAUAAAAAAAUUCGAAGAAGUCUCAGAUAUACAGUCUUCUGCAUCAGAUAAUAAUGACAACGUGAAAAAAAGAAAUAGAAAACCAAAUUUAAAAUAUGUAGUAUCUUCAAGCAGUGAAGAGGAAGUCAAUGAAAAUGAAAGUUCCUUUCGUCGACCACCAAAAAUAUCAAGAUUUGUACACGAGCAACAAGAUGAAUCUUGUCAUCAGGAUCUAACAUCAGAAUCAAUGAUAUUAAGUCCUUUGGCAAAAACAGCCUUUUCAUCACAAGCCAUACGUUCCGAUAAUUCUUCCACUUCCACACAUAGUUGGACAGAAAAUGUGGAUGCUUUGAAUUCCCCAAAACAAACGCCAUGCACCACUGUCUCCACUAAUACCAUUCCUCAAUCAAAUUCAUCCAAUUCAACACUUAUUAAUCAAGACUGUAUUUCAUGUAGAGCGCAUUUGUGCUUCUCUGAAAAAAUAUUUGCUAAAGUAAAAAAGGUGAGAGAAGAAAUUAAAGAACUUAAGGGUAUAUUGCGACAACAAAACACUGAAGGUAGCAUACCAUCUAUCCCUGACGAUUUGGCGGUGGAGUUUCCAUUAAAGACACGGGAGGAACUGCAAGUUUUAGAAGACUACUUAAAUUCUCGUCAGAAUAAAAAUGCUAUGUCAUUAUACUUUACAACAUUAGGAGGUGAUAGCAUUUCUACAAAAACGAAUAGAAUUUUAAAACUCGUUCUCAGUAACGAACUCGCUGCAACUUUCAACUUUACAGGGACAAAUGUCAAAGAAGCUUUUCAAAAGUUGCAUUUGAAGAAUGUAAUAGUCCAUGGUGUGCAAAAAACAUUACCUUUAAGCACAGAAAAGGAUGUAGAAAGUGCAAUUAAAAUUUGGUUGAAGCACGCUCCUGAUAGAAUCAAGGAAGCCUUAAAGAAAAACCGUCGAUAAAGGUUACAACUUUUUACUGUUUUUCUUUGUUCCACAAUUUUCAUAUGUUCCUAUGUUUUUUUAUCUUCGGAUGAAAUACUUAUUUUAUUAAUGUCAUAUUUUUAAUUAUAUUUUUGUUUAUUUGAAUAAUUAAUGUUAAGAUAAAUUUUUGAUCCUGUACGUAUAAAUUUUUAUCUGUACGUUACUUUGAUAACAGGGUGUAUACUUCAGGGAAAAACGUGGAAAAUUUGGUAUUCUCAGGGAAUUUUGUUAGGAUUCAGGGAGUUAAGAAAAAUAGCUUCUUUGGUCAUUUUAUUUUUAUAGAUAGACUAUUGUUUCCCUCUCCCUCUCAUUAUCCCUGUCCACCUCUGUGUCUCUUCUCUUCCUUUUCUCCUUUCCACCUCUCCUGUCCUUUGCUUCCUCUUCCUUUUAAUCGCCAUUCUUCCGACUCUCUCAUCCUUGCUUUGCUUCUCGCCACUGUUCCUCUGUGCUCCACAUACCUCCUUCGUUGGUGGUUUUCCUAAUCCCCAUCUUCCUCUCCGACUUCUCUAUCCUCUCCAAUCCUCUCAAUUCCUCCUUCACCUGUCCUUAAAACAUAGAAAACAUCCAGCUUUGUAUCCUUACUUCCCGUUCCCCCUUUACGUUCUCCCCCAUUCCCCCUUGCUCUCCCUCUCUCCUCAGUUCCCCAACUCCUUCCUCCACCUCCCCCUUUCCUCAUCCCAUUCCCACUCCUUCCCAUCCACAUAUUCCUGUUCCCAACCACUACCUUUUUUCCUAGCCUCCUCUCCUCUCUUGCCUUCUCCAACAUUCUCCAUCUCAUCUUUCUCUCUUCCCACGUCAAAUCUUCGUCAAUACCUAUAUCCCACCUCCUUAUUUCCGACCUUCUAUCCAGCAUUUCCUCUUUAUCCAUUAAUCUCCUCAUCUUGACCAA